AGCCUGAAACCGUACCCGCGCUGGCACAGUGGGGAAGCAUGCAUGCAUGGCCGAGCCGGCGCUGCGCUGACUUGGUUUUCUUCAGGCCGAACUAUACGACUUUCCACCGAGCCUGCUUACAUUUGCCUCGUUUCAUGCGACACAUCGAAGUAUCUCCGUCCAUGCUGAGGUUUUUAUAAACUCGUUUUAUGCCACGGCACAUUUGAAUGACUCCGGUCCGAGUAAGGAAAGAGCUGAUCCUAGUUAUCCAGCCGUGACAAUCCAGCGACAACGCCGAAGACACGGACACAGAUCCGAGGGAGGACAACGUCAAGGAAGACACGGAACUGUCUGUAGCGCACAGGUUCUUUGGAGUUACUUAUUAUUCCAAAGUUCUAGAACAAUUGAACAGAUUUAUGCAUGGACUACCCUGUUAUUACCUUUAAUAUCAGCAAUUAUAUAGCUGCGUAACCUAUAGUUGCAGAAACUAUUAGUGCGCAAAUAAGAGUUGUUCCGAGGAGAUCAUUAUUCCUCAUUGUGUUUAAAAGGCUAUUCAUGGUAGACCUACUGAAGGAUACCUUUUUUAAGGCUCUAAAUUCAUGUGUAUAAUAUUUGUGGCAUUCCACAUCUGUGGUUGAAGAGGAUGCGCUUGUUGCUAUGAAUACAUUAUACGAGCAUUGACUGAAAUAAUAUUUAUUUCAAACGGACCCUCAACUAAUAUUUCAGCAAUUUUUUUCACCGAUUGCAAUUAUUUUGUAUUCCACAAAAAACGGAUUGUGCUUUUCUAAAACUGAAUGCAAAUACUGAACUUUUUCCAAAUGUCAAUUCAAGCUUCAGCACAAUAACUUCCUCGCGAAGUAAUCCAAUCAGUUCGUUAUAACCAGAGAGGAAUCAACUGAGAUAUAAGGCAAUUAUAAUUUAAAAGCCUUCAGAUGGGAAUAUCAUUUCAUUCUGUCUGUUCAUUCGAAUAAUUUUAUCGCGCGAGACGCUGCAUCGAGAGGGACUUUGGCGUGGCCAAGUUCGGGAGCUUUGCCGCAGGUGGAAAUGAUCCUGUUCGUUUCCCUGGUGUUAUGGAUGUGUGCAUAUGGCCAAGAGCCGGCGUCCAAGGUGGUGUCCGACCGCUAUGCCGUCUACUGGAACCGGACCAACCCCAGGUUCUACCGGGGUGACUACCACAUCGACGUGUGUAUAAAUGACUACCUGGACGUCUUCUGUCCCCACUACCUGGACUAUGUCCCUGAAGAGCGGAUGGAGCGCUAUGUCCUCUACAUGGUCAACUACGACGGCUACAGCUCCUGUGACCACACCGCCAAGGGCUUCAAACGCUGGGAGUGUAACAGGCCUCACUCCCCCAACGGACCCCUGAAGUUCUCCGAGAAGUUCCAGCUCUUCACCCCCUUCUCUUUGGGCUUCGAGUUCCGCUCCGGCAGAGAGUACUACUACAUCUCAUCCACCGUUGCUGACAAUGGAAGGAGAAGUUGCCUUCGACUGAAGGUGUUCGUCAGACCAGCAACAGACAAUUGUGUGAAAACUGUCAGUGUUCACGAUCGGGUCUUUGACGUCAAUGAGAGGGUGGACAAUUCCCUAGAACCAAGAGAUGAUACCAGUCACGAAUCAGCCGAGCCGUCCCGAGGUGACGUCAACUCGGUGGGCUGGGUUCAGACCACCGGCCUGCUGGUCACCUCCGCCCUGGUUCUCUGUGCAGCCAUCUUGUCUUUAUAGCGCCCAGCCUGAGGGUUUUAGACAGGGCGGAGUGGACUCGCCCUGACUGGACCAUACAACCCCCAAGGUGCACUUUUUAAAAGACAGUCUGAGUGCCGGGGAGAGGUGGACUUCUAAGGGGGAAGACCUUUUUAUAAACUUUGCUUUGGGGAGUUAAGAUGCCAAAAGCCUUUUUGACUCUCAUUUUGUCAUUUUACUUUCCUGUAGAUGUUAAUAUUUGAAGGUCAUAGUUUCCCAGUGAAUUUGCUGUCCCCAUCAUCUCUCUCUCUCUCUCUCUCUCUCUCUCUCUCUCACGUUCACACACACACACACACACACACACACACACACACACACACACACACACACACACACACACACACACACACACACACACAAUCACUCUCUCCUCUGUGGUCCCACCAUACCUUUUGCAAGAUGAAACAACAGAACAAGAACUACUAAAAAUAACUUUUUUUCAGGCCCCCAAAUGACUUUGAUUUAGAAUAUGAUGAAGUCUUACAGUGAAUAACUAUGAUAAUUUGAAGAUGGCUUGUGACUGAUCAGAUCAGCCAAUGGCAAUGAAGUAAAGGAGUACUGGCCAAUCAAAUGAGGCCAAGACAUACUGGCCAAUCAAAUGAGGACAAGGCAUGCUGGUCAAUCAAUGGUGAAUCAAGGAUCCAGAGCCAUGGUUGUUGCUUGGAGAAGUCCUGUUGCCAAGGGGAGGGGGCUCUCUUUUCUUGCCUUUGAAGAGUCCAUUAGAAGUUCAUGAGAUGGGGGUUGGAUUUGAUGAUUCAGAGACUGGGAGUGAACGAUCUUAGCUGAACCGGAAAAAAAGAAGCACUCAUGUUUAGAAAUUUGUGUCCUUUUAGGGGAAUUAGUGAUCAAUUCAUGUAUUUUUUAAAUGAAUCACGUAAUUCAAAUUUAGCAAGCAACACGGGUGUAUAUUUGCGAGGAGCCUGGGAGUUGAUAUGGUAUUUUGUCAGGCAAAUGUAUUUUCCUAUUUAUUGUUGAGUCCUUGUGCUCUUUCCCUUUUCUGAUUGUUCUGGUUCAGUCACUGUAACUAGUGCAGAGACAAGCCCAAAACAUCCCACCACUUAAAAGCACCAGUCUCUCUUUUCAUUUUGGAAAGGUGUAGUUAUAUUUCAUACACAUGUAAUAUCUGGGCUUGGACUCAAAAUGGAAUUGGAUUGUUUUUAUCUAACAGAGUUCAGGGAAGAGGACAUAGUUGGAUGUUGUAUCAGGGUGUAAGAAUGUGUGUUAUAACUGUGUUUCUUCCCUGUAACAGUAAACACAAACUGUAUGUGUCCUAACAAGUCAGCCCAUAUUACCAUCCACUACUUCUUUUCAACAUUGUCAUAACCUCUACAAAACUACAAUUAUGUACUGUACAUAAACAAAAGGUUCAGGGAUGACUCUAUAACUAGUACGAUUAGUUUCAAUUAUGUUCUUAGUAAUAUUCUUGAGUUUUUCCCCAAGCAAACAACAAAAACCUUCAUUGAUAUUGAUAGGUUAGCGACCAUUCAGUGAUGAUCAACCCACACGUCCCAACACCUCCAACCUUUCUCCAAAAGUUGAAGGUAGGUUGUGGCAACGUUAGUUUCAUCUGUAGCAGCUGCAGCUCUAGUGUGAUUUAGCCGUGUCUUUGAUGUCGUGAGGAGCGGUGUCCAAGCAGACCACAUGCUGGGGGGCCAUGCGCUAGUUAUUUCUGGAAUGAGAAAAAUCGACCACCAGGAGGGAGAACGAGAGAUGAGAGAGAGUGAGGAAGAGAGGUGUCCUAUUCAGCCUCUGGAUAGGCUCACUAGCAGGGAGAGAGAGGUGUCCUGUUCAGCCCAGAGGUAAUUUUUACCACCAGAGGACUGGAAUGAGUAAUGAGGAGAGAGAGAAGGCCAGCUGAGAUCAAUAGUGAUGGGCUUCUCAAACACAGGAACACGGUAAAUAUUUCCCUCCACUGUCUGAUACACAGUCUAUUUAGUGUACUGAGACCAACUCACAUCCUUUGUAAAGGGGAUGGACUAUCACUGAGAAAUACAUUAGCCUCUGCCUCUGUUGGCUGCAAGUGUGGGAUUCAGUUUGAACAAGACUUUAAAUAAGAAAAGCUGAAAUUCAUUGUGACUGACAUCAUUCACUUCAGCCAGUCAAUGUUGGGAAACAAGGAUCAGCUUGUCUCAUGGAUACUGUGUAUCCAGCUGUAGUGUUAGAGCAGUGGAUCUCACACCUCUUUGAAGGACAACCGCAGUUAACAAAGACACAUUGUUAAUGCUGUUAGUGAGGGAAUAAAGUCAAUGUUGGAUAACAAAAACUGUUGAUUACAUUUGUUUAAUAUCUUUUGUGUAAGGUUUUCACAUAUCAAUGUUAUAGUGUGUGUGUGGAGGUUGAAGUGCCCAAGUUAAGGGCUCUACUAUUGGAAGUGCACUAUAUCCAUCCAUGCUCAUCCAAGAACCAUACUGCACUCCCAUCGCCCUCCUCUUUUGACCAGAGCUUAGUAGUAUUUGCAUCUGAAAUGUGGUUUAGGCGCCUAAUGUUUUGAGUCCCUGUACAUGCUUAGUUUGUCUGUGGUCCCUCUUAAUCUUCACUACAAUGGUUUCAGAGGAAGCUUCAGUAGUCAGCAGCACCAUGUUGUUAUCUGAAUUCAGGAGAUUUUGUAAAGCUUGUUAAGUGUUGGUUUUCUGUCCAUAUCACAAUGUCAUGAAUCAGUUAACUUGUGUAAUUUUCCAUUCAAAAGUUGAUGUACAGUAUGAGAUGCAGUUGUGUUACAGGGUGAAUUGAGUCUUUUAGGAGGAGCUCUUCACCUGGCACCUGUUACUGUAGCCAUGUAGCCUGAACCUGACACCACUGUGCCCUCCUAUGUCCUCUGUCCCUGUCCUCUGUCGCUGUCCUCUGACCCUGUUGUCUGUCCCUGUUCUCUGUCCCUGUCCUCUGUCCCUGUCCCCAGUGACGGUCUGUUAUCCCAGCCCUAUUGUCCUCACCUCCCCAGACUGUUGUAACUCCUCCCUCUCUCCCGGUCCAACUCUCUUCACCAGAAUGUUCUGCAAAUGUACUGUAUUUCAUACGAAGGCCAUUAUUUGUAAAUACACAAAUGUGUUGGAGCAGCUAUGACUAACUACAAAAAAAGAUUUAAUAAAAGUUAUUUGUCAUUGUUGUAA